AUGGCAUCGUCAAGAGAAAAACGUGCCAAUGCUGGCAAUAAAAUGGCAAAAUUGUUAAAUGAAGAGGAAGAAGAUGAUUUUUAUAAAACGACUUACGGUGGAUUUGAGGAAGUCGAACAGGACAAUGAUUAUAUGGAAGAAGAUGAGGGUGAAGAUGAAGUUGAUUCAGAUUUUAGUAUUGAUGAAAAUGACGAGCCGGUGUCUGAUCCUGAGCAAGAAGGACCUAAAAAAAAACGUAGACUUGUAACAAAGGCUUACAAAGAGCCGAAGCCGGUGACUACGCAGCCAAAAGCUGUUACCAAAGAAAAAAAACCACGAAUUAUUAAACGUAGAAAAUUUUCCAAUGACAGUACAGGAAGAAAAUCUAUAAGAAGAUCAACAGCUGCCAAGUCUGCUGCAACACAAAAGAGACUUAAAGAAAGAAAUGAAGAUCAGAGGCGAAAAGUUAAAAAAGUAAGGCAUGAUGUUUGGAAACCUACGCAAGAAGAAUUGUUGGAAGAAGCUUUGGAGACUGAAGAAAUAAAUCUUAAAUCACUAGAAAAGUAUCAAAAACUUGAAAGUGAGAAAAAGAAUACGAGAACUGUAAGAAAAACUCAGUCACAACCUAUGAUAAGGUAUCAGUCAUUAUCGAUGCCAAUAAUGGUCUUAUCAGACUCACGUGAUAAAGAAAGUGAAAAAAUAAAUAUCGAUGGGGAUGAUGAAGUAAAACCAGCUGAUGAUUUUAAUACAAACACAGUGUCAGAUACACCUGUAUCAAUUCAGUACGUUUUAGAAACUACAAAUGACAAAGGAGAAAAUGAUACUAAGAAAUCUGAUGAAAAAAAAACUAGUAAACAAGAAAUUGCUCAAAGUAAAGGUUACUAUGAAAGAACGUUCAUUACUUUUGAAUCAGAAAGACAAUUUCUUAAAGCAUUCAGAAAAACUCCUGCACCUAGACGAACUUUAAGAUCACUUUGUGCUAUCACGAGACUUCCAGCAAAAUAUCGUGAUCCAGUAACAAAUUUACCAUAUCGCAACAUCCAAACAUUUCGCCUACUCCGGGAAGCUUACUACCAACAAUUGGAAACAAAAGUAGACACAAGUGACACUACUAAUAAUGCUGAUUUAAUUAGAUGGUUAGAAUGGAGACAAAAGAAUCAGCAUGCUGUCCAAAAAAGCACUGUACGACUUGAGUCAGCGUCAAUUUAUUCGACUCCGUAG